AUUCAACUGUUAAGUAUUGCGAGCAGCCUGGUUGCUCAAGCAAAACUCGCUGCUUGCAAGUACUAGGUACCUUCGUUCUUGAUAUUUUUCAUUAUCAUAUUGUUUCUGUUUUUGAAUGAUGAAAAUAACUAAUUAAUAUGUAGAUCCACAACGUGUUUCCAAUUAGAUGAAGGAUGUGAUUAAAUAAAGAUGUACUCUUAUUUUAGACCUCGUUACAGAAUAAUUAAUUGGUAGUGAACUGUAUAUAUGUUUCAUCUACAAAAGUCUUGCAAGGAAGGUGGCAAAGUGACUAAUGUCAUUGCCACUCCUGGGCAAGGAUCAGAUCGUUCUGUUGAAGUGUGUUGGACAGACACCAAAGUGAUUGGCAAUGGCUCCUUUGGUGUUGUUUAUCAAGCUAGACUUGUGGAUUCUGGAGAAUUGGUUGCUAUUAAGAAAGUGUUACAAGACAAGCGAUUUAAGAAUCGAGAACUUCAAAUUAUGCGGAAACUUAACCAUUGCAAUAUCGUAAAAUUGAAGUAUUUCUUUUACUCAGAAGGGGAAAAAAAGGAAGAAGUGUAUCUCAACCUCGUUCUGGAAUAUAUUCCAGAAACAGUGUAUAGAAUUGCACGACAUUAUAGCAAGUCCAAGCAAACUAUACCUACCUCUUAUGUUAAGCUCUAUAUGUACCAAUUGUUUAGGAGUUUAGCCUAUAUUCAUUCCCUUGGAAUUUGCCAUCGUGAUAUUAAACCACAAAACCUUUUAGUCGAUACUGAAUCUGGUGUUCUAAAGUUAUGUGACUUUGGGAGUGCUAAACAUCUAAUUAAAGGUGAACCAAAUGUGGCAUAUAUUUGUUCCCGUUAUUAUAGAGCUCCAGAACUGAUAUUUGGUGCUACUGACUACACAACAAUGAUUGAUGUCUGGUCAGCUGGCUGUGUUUUAGCUGAACUUUUGUUGGGACAACCCAUAUUUCCUGGGGAUAGCGGGGUAGACCAGUUGGUAGAAAUCAUCAAAGUUCUAGGAACUCCCACUAAAGAAAAGAUUAGAGAAAUGAAUAAGAAUUACACUGAGUUCAGAUUUCCUCAGAUUAAAGCUCAUCCUUGGCAAAAGGUGUUCAGAGCCAGGACUUCCCCUGAAGCUAUUGAUUUGGUUUCUCAGUUGUUGGAAUACACGCCAUCGGCACGCAUCACCCCUCUCCAAGCCUGUUCUCACAAGUUUUUUGACGAGUUACGACAACCAGGCACUAGGUUGCCCAAUAAUCGUGAACUUCCUCCACUUUUUAAUUUCACUGAACAUGAAUUGAAAAUUCAGCCCUCCCUCAACUCCAUAUUGAUUCCUUCUUACUUGCGUAAUAGCUCUAUAGCAGAGAGAAGCGAGGCAUGUGACUCUGGCGCCAUUGCUGCUGCCGCUGCCCCUGAUGUUAUUCCUGCUGAACCACAACCGUGUGGCUCAUCUGCAACAUGAUGGCCAUUCACAUAACUAUGUACACAUGUUUAUAUAUUGACUGACGGACGGUCAAGGUGUCACAACCUUGCAGAACAUAUAGUCUCUUCGCCUUGUUGACAUUUAUGUACAUAAGAUAGAUUUACAAUUCUUGGCGUUUUUAUUUCUAUUUAUCCCUUCAGAGCGGUACAUUUCGUCUUCCACCAGGAGUGAAAUGUCUGUACUGAAAAUACACUGUACAGAUGCAGGAUUCUCUGCCGCCAUAUUUUCUUUUGCUUAUACAGGCCCUUGGCUAAAUUAUUAGACGCACUAUAAGAUUCUAUGUAAAAUCUUAGUUCCUGGGUGAUACUAUACAGCUUUAUUGUUUUGACGCGACUGAAACCGGUUUGCAUUCGUGCAUCAGUUGGUUAAAUCAGACGACAUAUAGUAUAAAUUCGACAAGCAAAUAGAUUAGAUUAUAUGAAUAUGGAAUAUUUAUUAUAUCAGGAAUUAUAUUAGUAAAUUAUAAUAAUUCAAUCAAAUUAUUCGACGCAAUGUAGUUACGUUAAUAAUGACAUGUUUUGCACGAGUUUAUAUGCAAUACUUUUAUUCUUAAACAUUCGUGUAAUGGGUUUUUAUUCAGGAGAUUUUUUGUAUACUUCCUGUUUGUAUUUAUUUUUAACGUAUUGCAUUACAAAUGGUAACCAAUUGAUACACGAACAUAAGCAAGUGCAAACGUGUUUCAGCCGUGUUAAAACAAUAAAGCUAUAAAGUAUCACCGGAUAAUUAAGAUUUUACAUGGAAUCUUAAAGUGUGUCUAAUAAUUUUUCCGGGGACUGUAUUGAUUGUAAAGCAUUCUGAUCUUGAAUAUUCUUGCACCAGUUGUAAUCAGAUUAUGAAACUGUCACAAAACUUUGUAAAAAAAAAAAAAAAGGAAAGCAACAAACUUAUCAGCUUUUGUAUAUUUGGGGAGAUUCGACUGAUUCCGAGCCUUUAGUUUCUCGCCGGGUUCUUAAAUUUGUAUCUUCAUUUUAAAAACGUGUAAUUAGUAUUGUGAGUAAUUUUAAUGAAAACUUAAUUCAAGUAUGUGAUCUUUGGAUUAUAAGUAAAGCAAUAGCUAGCCUAAA